ACCCACUUUCUGCGAGGACAUGGAGGAUAUCACGAAUGUUCGAGGAAGGAAGGAGGUAUACCUUAAACGAACCUCAUCUCUGUUUCAGUUCUCAACUUCUUUAAAAAUGGAUUUAGCACCUCUGCAAAUCUUUCAGUCCGUGUCGAACUCUCCUAAUGACGUUGACCUGGACGAGUUCCUCCAUGUUCAACGUCUUUGUGACGGUGCUUCAACACCACCAAAUGAACCAACCCAGGCUCAGACAUGUUUAGACAAGAUCGUUAUCCCUGCCGCCGCUAGCGACGAGAUACACCACAAGCAAAAGAGACAAGAUGAUGCACAAUGUGGCAAUGAACUAAAUCAAUCACAUACGCAGCCAAGACGCAGGGGAAUUCGUUCCAGUGUCUCAUCGAUACCCGAAUACUCCGUCAUAUGUUUUCCCUCUAACCCUACUAAACCGAACGGCAUCAAGAAGAAGAGGAAGGACUUUGACGAAAAGAGGCGGCAGGAAGUUGCCCAAGUACGAAAAAGCGGCGCUUGCUUUCGAUGCAAAUUCCGAAGGAUAUCUUGUGGUGUAGGAGCGCCAUGCCAGGCAUGUGAGAGAGCUGCUGGUAUCCUCGGACGAGAUUUGUGCAUUCGCGAGAAACUUACCAAGAUGAGAUUCAGUUCUGGAGGGCCUCAUCGCAAAGUGUCGUUAUCAAUGGAUUAUCCUGGCAAUCCAGCUCUCGAAGUCGAAGUCCAGGACUACUAUGGAAACACAACGCCACCAUGGUUCUGCUGCUGGGUCGUGACCGACCAAGUCGGCGGUCAAGUCGAAUCUUACCGCCAGGAAAGUGCCCGAUAUGCCCUGCCACAACUCCUUCCGCCCAGUCAUCUAGUUGGUUGGGUUGAAAGAAUAGUCGCCCACCAAGAAACCCGUUGCAUAGGAUUCCAACAAACUGUGGAUUCUUUCAUCCUGAGAUAUAGUCAAUCAAAGUCACCCCUACCAAUGCAUGACUUUGUUCGCAAAGUACACAAACUCAACUGCCUGACUAAGAUCCGCCUGGGGCUUAUUCUAUGCGUUGAAGAAGGGGGCAACAUGACACCACCCUCGUGCGCUCUACAUACACAGUUCGGACAAAUCUCGAAAGCAGCCUCCCAGCCCAUCGAAAAAGAAGUUCUCCUGGAGUUGGAAAAGCUAGUUUUUGGGACUACAGGAAUUGGUUCCGACAAUUCGGUAGCCCUCUGGGCCAGCCUCUGGUGCUUGAUUCUUAUGUAUCGAAAGCUAGUCCACACAUACAUGGCUUUUCGACAAUUCCCAUGUCAUGUACCAGAGGACUACAGUGGUUUUCCAGAAUGCAAGCUGGAAGUCGGCACGCACUUCUAUCACUAUCUAGUAUCCAUUUACGCGGCCAUCUUCCGAGUGACCAGUCCUUUAUACGCCGAUUUCAGGCUCGCAUCUACACGGAAGCUGCUUGACGAUGAUCGGUCUCUCAUAGAAGCUUUCAUGAGUCUACGUACGGAGAGCUUCUAUUUUCAAAGAGAAUCCAUGUCGAUGUCAGCACCGCCUGAUCAGCUACUACGCAGAAUGAUUUUGGAUCGAGAAGCAGGGCUUAGACCCAAGCAGCUCGGCCACUAA